AUGGCUCGCAAGUUUAAAGAUAAAAAAGUGGGGGAAAAGUUUAAGCAUACUUCGCCGAUGCAAACGACUGAUAUUGAAAAAAUUGUUUUAAAUUGCGGAGUUGGGCAAGCAGUUGGUAAUAAACAAUUUUUAGACAAUACGGAAAAAGCUUUGAUGCAGAUUGCCGGUGGGCAAAAACCAGUUUUAACCCAGGCUCGUAAUUCGAUUACUACUUUUAAGUUACGAGAAGGAAUGCUGAUUGGCUUAUCAGCCAAGAAAUUUGACCAGUGGGGCAACUAUAAUGUAGGAAUAAAUGAUUUAAGUAUUUUUCCUACUGUUCCUUAUGAUCUAACUUUUAAAAAUCAAGGAUUGCAAAUUACUAUUGUUUUCAAAUCAAAUUCAAGCUGUACUAUUAGUAGUAAACAGUUAACUAAUUUACUUUUUCAGCAAAAAAAUGAUAAUUUUUCCUCGGCUGAUUUGUUGACUACUAACCUCGUUUUAAUAACUAGUGAUAAUCGAACUAGUGAUUUUUUUGCUGAGAAACAGUUAAUUUUUCCAUUAGCCAAUGAAGAAGAUAAAAUUGUUGCCUUUGCCAGCCGAAAAAUUGAGGUUGGGGAAGCCAGCGAAGGAAAGUAUAAGUACUUACCAAGUUAUCAGUAUUAUCAUAAAUCUGCUUUGCUCUACAAUUAUUUGGGAGCCAAAAAAAGCCGCGAAGAGGAAGUUUAUUUAGUGGAAGGAUUUUUUGAUGUAAUUAGUUUAGUUGAAAAAGGAGUAGAAAAUUGCGUGGCUAUGCUCGGAACUAAUUUAGCAGAAGAGCAAAUAAAACUUUUAACAAGUUUGCAAAAAAAACUUGUUCUUUUUUUGGAUGGUGAUAAAGCUGGAAAAGAAGCUACUAUUAAUGCUUUAGUAAAAUUGUUAUUGCGAGAAGUUGAUUGCGAAGCCAUAAAAGGUAAUUAUGAAGGGGAUCCGGACGAAAUUUGUCGUCAAUAUGAUAAGGAGGCUAUUCAAGACUUUCUUAAAAAGAGAGAAAAGCCUUAUUUGUUUGUUCUCGAUUACUAUUUUUCUAAAUGA